AUGGGGUUGUGCUCAUCAAAAAAGCGAUAUACGGCUGAGCUAUCAAAUGAGGAAAUCGAAGCCAUCCGAGAUGUUUGGAUCAGGGCAAAAAACAACAAUGUUGGCAAGAAGAUCCUGCAAACGCUGAUAGAGAAACGUCCAAAGUUCGCAGAAUAUUUCGGCAUACAAAGUGAAUCACUCGACAUCAAAGCGCUGAAUCAAAGCAAAGGAAUUCCACUUACAGGCACACAGAAUACAAAACUUCCUUGA